ACCCUUUUGUGACGCUGUGUGGUUUGGAUGUGCUCUAAAUGCUCAGAUUUUCCAGUCUGAUUUCAUUGUUUACUCUGCAUUUCCCAGAGACCCACAAAUGGAUUUUCCUGAAGAGUCACAUAUUUGUGGACAUUUUCGAGUGCCUCAGAGUGCUGUACUGGUGUGAAAACAUUUGUUACAUCAAGAAAAAUUCCUUAAAGCCCUGGAGCUGAUUUCCAAACCAUGGAUGUUUUAAUUCCUCCAGAAGACAGCUAUUAUGAGGACUAUUAUAAUGCAGAGGGACUUGAGGAAUACAGACCAUGCGAGAAGACACAUAUACAAGAAUUCAGCAAUGCCUUUCUGCCUAUAUUCUACACUAUAACCUGUGUACUGAGUAUAAUUGCAAAUAUAACCCUUCUAAUCAUUUUCAUCAAGUAUAAAACUCCAAGGAAGAUGUUUCCUCUGAACAUGGUCAUCUCGGAUAUUUUAUUUACACUGACUCUUCCAUUCUGGGCAGUGUAUGCAGACAGUGAAUGGAUCUUUGGUGAUUUUAGCUGUAAGGCAAUCACAUUUGUUUAUAUGGUCUGCUUGUACAGCAGCAAUCUCUUUGUCGCUAGCCACAGUUUGCAGAGAUUUUUGGGCAUUGUAUGCACUGCUUCAUCUGUCAGGAUCUUCAGCAAUCCAAAGAUGAAUGCUAUUUUGUGCUGUUUGGUGUGGCUUCUGUCAGGUUUGGCUACAAUUGUUCAUGUCACCUUUGUCGAAGCUCAAGAGUUCCAACAGCACAAGAUUUGCACAUAUCACUUCCAUGAUAAAAUGGGUUGGAAAAUGUACAUACAAUUCCAGAUGAACAUUCUUGGGUUCAUCUUACCAUUCUUAGUUCUUCUCUUCUGUUCCAUCAGACUUCCACGUGUUGCUCUUAGGAGGACCACAUUCCAGAGGUUUUUGCCCAUGAGAAAUGAAUCUGGAUUCACUGUUAUGUUUUUUCUCCUCUGGUUCCCCUACAGUGUUGUUAUUUUCUUGCACGUUUUGCAAAACUUUCACAUUUUGUAUGCGUGCACCUCAAACAUGCACCUGGACUUUGCUGUUCAUGUAACAGAAUGUCUCGCUUUCACUCAUGUCUUCAUAAAUCCUCUCUUGUAUAUCUUUUUAAACAAAAAAAUCUGGAAACGGUUAAGGAAUGCAUGCAAAACUCCCAGGGAGUAUUUGCUGGAGGAAUCCAAUAACUCAUCAAACAUGUCAGUUCAGGAUGAUACUAUUGAGCUGAUGUCAGUUCAGAGAUAUCAAGGUCGUGACCUGAGCAGCUUUUGUGCUGAGCGACCUGGUACCUUCCUACCUGAGGCAACAUAAAAGCUCAAUGCAUUUAAUUUGGUAAACUGUAAUUAAUUAAUAAUUAUGCUAAUUACCAUUUAUGCCCCUUAUCUUUAAUGGUUUCCUGUAAUAUAUAAAUAUACAGAACAUAUAUUUCUACAUAAAAUAUAUUUUAUCAUACAGGAAGCUGACCUGUUGUAACAUUUAUAUGUGUGAUUUGUGUUUGUAUGCUAAUAUAUUAAGGUUUUAAUGAAAGAUGUUGAGAAGAUAUACCUUGACUUUCUUUCCAAAAGCAAUAAGCAAUUUUUUUCACAGAACAAUGGAUUUGUAAAGUUGUUUCAGCUGAUUUGUAGUUUCACUGUUAUUAAGAUAAGGAUAUUGUCAAGUCAAAGGAAAAUAUUCAUAGUGCUGAAAUGAAUUUCCUGUUUUUGUCCAUCAAAUAUCUGCAGUGUUAUGUAAUGGGAUCAGGGCCAUAGAUUCUGGGGGGAUGGGGGGGAACCCCAUAUAAUCAAAAGAAGCAAGUACAAAACCCAGCAUCAGUAUGAUUAUUGAUGCUGCUUUUUUACUACUUUUGCAUAUAAAUGUCCUGUAUGUUUUUCUUGAGCAGUGGCGAACUCUCAGGGCCAGCAAAGCCUUCUCUGCUGGCCUAACAUGUCAAAUAAAUAAAUAUUUUUCAUCCUUUU